AUGAUGGCCUCUAUGCCCCUCCGGGUGACCUGCAGUCUGAUCUCCUGGCUGUCUCUCUACACCUGGUUCUGCCAUCGGUAUAAGCACAGGAGUUAUGAGUGGAGCUGCCGGCUGGUCACUCUGACCCACGGUGUCCUCGCCACCUGCCUCUCUGCUUACAUUGGUUUUAUCGAUGGCCCCUGGCCUUUGACUCACCCAGGGUCCCCGAACACAACCCUCCAGGUGCACGGGCUGUGCCUGAGCUUGGGCUACUUCCUCUUCGACCUGGGCUGGUGCGUAUACUUCCAGGCGGAGGGUGCUCUGAUGUUGGCCCAUCACAUGGUGAGCAUCUUGGGAAUCACGGUGUCUCUGGCCCUGGGUGAGUCGGCUGCCGAAGUCAACGCCGUCAUCUUUGGCAGCGAGAUCACCAAUCCGCUGCUGCAGGCCCGCUGGUUCCUGCGGGAGAUGGGGCUCUACCACAGCUUCACGGGGGACGUGGUGGAUUUCUUCUUCGUGGCCCUCUUCACGGGCGUGCGGAUCGGGGUCGGGGCCUGGCUCAUGUACUGCGAGCUUGUGUCGCCCAAGCCCAGGUGGUUCAUUAAGGUGGGGGGGGUGAUUAUGUACGCGGUCUCCUGGGUUUUCAUGGUCAGCAUUUGCCGCUUCGCUAGGAGGAAAAGCAUGAAGAAGUACCAUGCUUGGAGGAGCCGGAGGAACGAGGAGCUGUACUCGGAAACAAAUGGCCAUCUGAAGAGUCAUUAA